AUGAAGUUCUUCAACACCCUUCAAGCUUUCACGCUUGCCAUUGCGGGCCUUGCCCAGGCACUUCCCGAUGGCUGGUACGAAGGAACCACGCUUUCGAAUGGCACCAUGGAAGCCAAGCCUCUCGGUGCCAGCGACUCCAAGCUCUUCACCGAGAACUCCGUCAGCGAGCGUCUUGGGAGACGCUCCACAUCCUGCUGGGGCUCAGCUCUGGACCGAGCCGGCACCGAUGCUGCGGUCUCGGCUUGGAAGAACAAGGUCGGACCAACUGGAGCCUAUGCUCUCCGUUCCGGCAGCAACCCCAAGGCUAUCUGGUUCAUUCGAAGAGGCGCUAAAGUGUACUACUGCAUCAACGCACCCAGCAGCAGCGGAAGUCUUGAUCUUAUUGACAUCAAUCACGCCCUCAAGCAGAUGGACACUGCGUGCCCUCGGUACACUGCUGGUAACUUCCGGUGGGACGGGUCGGUGGAGAUCUUUGGCAAGGCGGCAGAGAAUAUUCCAAUCUGCCGAGGUUAA